UGGCGCGGAUAUAAUAUAUAAGCCUAUUAUAUUUACAUUAUACUACACACUUGCGGUGUUACUGUCAUUUUGAUUCAAACCUGGUCUAUUCAGAAUACGGAUUGGCAGCCAAAAGUACACCAUAUAAAAUGAUUAUAAACAUUAAGGUACUCGUAUUAUUCUCCUGUGUUUUUCUUAUGGAAAUCGGUUCGUCCGUGCAAUAUGGAAGAGGCCAGGUAGGAUAUUAUGGAGGUCAAGGUGGAUACGGUGGCCAGGGAUUUGGGCAAGGAGGAUUUGGCGGACAGGGUGGCUACGGAUAUGGCGGUUACGGUAACCAUGGUAAAUACGGCGUACAAGGUGGACACAACCAAGGAUGGGGUGGCAACAACGGCCAGUACGGCUACCAAGGAGGUUACGGCCAAGGAUAUAACGUUCAAGGAUGGAAUCAAGGAAACAGAUACCAAGGAUACAGUGGUGGCCAAGCAUACGGAGGAUAUCAAGGAUUAAAUGGCGGAUAUGGACGACAGUAA